CUGUACUGCACUGUUUAUCCAGCUAGUUAUGUAUGUACUGGGUGCUUUUAAUUGCUACAUAGUAAGGUCGGAGUGGAGCGAAUCUGCAGUGGUGGGGCAGGCGGCAGAAUUCCUCUCCGCCAAAAAUUUCCCCGUGAAGGUGCUUCUCGAUAGGCUUUGGAACGGGGAACUGACGCCUGGAGUUAGCACCAUUCUGCCAAUUUCAGCCCGGACAACAAGAUGGCGGCCGGUAGCACAAAAGACGGUCUCCCACAUCGCAAAAAGCCGAUUCUUAAGAAAGAAGUGAAGUCACUCAAGAGGAAGCGAGGAGAGGAGGACCUGAAUAAGCUGAAAGCGGCGAUUGAGCAGUUGGACCCCAAAUCAGCCGACCUCAACAACUUCACCGACCUCCCCCUCUGCGAAGCUACCGCGACCGGCCUGCGCGCCUCCCACUUCGAGGUCCUGACCGACAUCCAACGAGCCGCCAUCCCCCUCGCCCUCAAGGGCAACGACAUUCUUGGUGCUGCCAAGACGGGCAGUGGCAAGACCCUCGCCUUCCUCGUUCCCGUCCUCGAGAAGCUCUACCAUGCGAAAUGGACCGAGUACGACGGGCUCGGCGCCCUCAUCAUCAGCCCCACCCGCGAGCUUGCGAUCCAGAUCUUUGAGGUGCUGCGCAAGAUAGGGCGGAACCACUACUUCUCCGCCGGCCUGGUCAUCGGCGGCAAGAGUCUGAAGGAGGAGGCCGAGAGGCUGGGGCGCAUGAACAUCCUGGUCUGCACGCCCGGGCGGAUGCUGCAGCACCUGGACCAAACCGCCAACUUCGACGUCAAUAACCUCCAGAUCCUGGUGCUGGACGAGGCCGAUCGCAUCAUGGACAUGGGCUUCCAGUCGGCCGUCGACGCCUUGGUCGAGCAUCUCCCCAAGACGAGGCAGACGCUGCUGUUCUCGGCGACCCAGAGCAAGCGCGUGUCCGACCUGGCACGGCUGAGCUUGAAGGACCCAGAGUACGUGUCGGCGCACGAGGCAGCGCCGACCGCGACCCCUACCACUCUACAGCAAUCCUACGUCGUGACCCCCCUAGCCGAGAAGCUAGACACGCUGUGGGGCUUUUUGCGGUCUAACCUCAAGAGCAAGAUCAUCGUCUUCCUCUCGUCGGGCAAGCAGGUGCGAUUCGUCUUUGAGAGUUUCAAGCGCAUGCAGCCCGGUAUCCCGCUGCUUCAUCUCCACGGGCGGCAGAAGCAGGUCGCCCGCAUGGAGAUCACUUCGCGGUUCUCCUCGGCAAAGUACGCCUGCUUGUUCGCCACCGACGUCGUCGCCAGAGGUGUGGACUUCCCCGCCGUCGACUGGGUCAUCCAGGUCGACUGCCCAGAAGACGCAGAAACGUACAUCCACCGCGUGGGGCGCACGGCUCGGUAUCAGAGCAAGGGCCGCGCAGUGCUCUUCCUCGACCCUAGCGAGGAGGAAGGCUUUCUCAAGCGGUUGGAACACAAGAAAGUCCCGAUACAAAAGGUCAACGUCCGCGCGAGCAAGAAGAAGAGCAUCAAGAACGAGCUCCAGAGCAACAACUUCCAGUCUGCCGACUUGAAGUACCUCGGCCAAAAGGCCUUCAUCUCCUACGUCCGCUCCAUCUACCUGCAAAAGGACAAGGAAGUCUUCAAGUUUGACGAGCUCGACCUCGACGGCUAUGCCGAGUCUCUCGGUCUGCCCGGUACGCCGCAGAUCAAGUUUCAGAAAGGAGAAGACGUCAAGCGCCUCAAGAACAGGCCCCGCGCCGCCCUGUCCAGCGACUCCGAGUCCGACUCGGAUGCCGAGGGCGGCGGCAGACGCAAGAAGGACAAGGACCAGGUGCGAACCAAAUACCAAAAGAUGGCCGAGCGGCAGAACCAGGACGUCCUCUCGGAGCACUACCGCAAGCUCAUCGACGAGGGAGACACCCAGGCCGGCGAGGGCGGCGGCGGCGGCGGCUCUGACGACGAGGCCGGCUUUCUCUCCGUCAAGCGCGUCCUCGCCGACGACGCCCAGAUCGACGCCGCCGCAGGAGGAGGCGGGAAGGACUCUGCCGGCGCCGAGCCCAAGGUGGUCAAGCUGGGCAAGUCGGAGCUGGUCAUCGACUCGCACCGGCGCGAGAAGCUCCUCAAGUCCAAGAAGAAGCUGGCCAAGUACAUGGACAAGGGCACCAAGCUCGUCUUCGACGACGAGGGCAACGCCCACCCCAUCUACGAGCUGCAGGGCGAGGAGGACUUUGCCAAGGAGGGCCCCGCCGACAAGCUGCGCCAGCAGUUCGUCGAGGCCGAGGCCGAGAAGGUCAAGGAGGCCGACGUGGAGGACAAGCAGAUCGCCAAGAAGCGCCUCAAGGAGAAGCGCGAGCGGCGGAAGGCGAGGGAGCGCGAGGAGCUCGGCCUGGCCCCUCGCGGUGACGGCGGCACGGUGCAGCUCGACGCCGAUGGCGCCGCCGAGGGUGAGGACCCGCUCGCGCUGUUGCGGUCGUUGCCCAUCGCCGGCCAAGAGAGCGGCGGCGAGACAGAUGGGGAGAAGGAGGAGGAGGAGGAGGAGGAGGACAGGGAACCGCCUCGCAAGAAGGCCAAGAAGUGGUUCCAGGACGAUUCGGACAAGGAGGAGGAGAAAAAGAAGAAGAAGAAGAAGAAGGGCGGCAAGAAGGUCAUCGAGAUCGGCCACGAGCCGGACAACCUGGAAGAUCUCGAGGCGCUGGCGGCUGGCUUGUUGGAGGAUUAAGAGCCAUGCUCGCAGGGCUACUUUCGUCUCACUUUGUAUGGAGCUCCGGACACGAAUGAUAUUAAUGACGCCUUUUGUUGAUCAUUCGAACCGCAACAUGGACCAUACGCGGUAGUAGCUAUGGAUAUAUUGCGAAACUUUCCUUGGUAGGCCACUGCCUCCACCCGAAAACAGUAUAUAUAUAUAUAU